AUGAAAAACAAUCAAUUUAAGAUUAGAGUAACAUUAGAUAGUACUCCUUCAACUUAUUAAACUACUGAAACUUUUUCAUUAUGGGAAAACUUAUAGAGACCUAAAGAAUCUCCAAAAAAAUGUAAAAUUAAAAUAACAAGAGACCCACUCGAAAAUGAGUGUCCUCUAUAAUAACCGAACCCAUUUUUAUUUAACGAAUAAUUGAAGCAUAGUUUUAGAGAUUACUUAGAAGGUCAGAAAACAGCAUUAAAUUUAGUAAAUGAAUGUAAUCAUAUCAUAAGUUAAUCACAUAAAAUGGAUUAACUAAAAUUAUUUUCAAAUGUACAUAAAUUUAGAAGUCAUUUAAAAUAAAGAUCCUCUGUUAGAUUAUCUAUGAUAUAAAAUACUUCAUAAACUGAUGAUCUACUUUAAAGAAAAAUUAAAAUUUAAGAAAGAUUUAAUAAGAUCCAAAUUUUGAUCCAAUAAAGGAUGCAAGCAAAAAAUAAAAAAGAUUCACUUAAAGAUGUUCAAUUAUUUAAACAUUUAUUUGAAACUUGUGAAAAAAAUGUUAACAAAAUUAAAUCGAAGAAUCUACUUUCUGAAAAAGCUGAUGGAGUAAGAGAAUAUGAUAAAAUAAAAUAUUCUAAAAAUCCUUAAGGAUCAUUGAGAGUUCGUUUAGGUACUGAUGAUAAUAAAGUUUUAUCUAAUAGUUUAAGGAGCAAGACUUUACCAGAUUAAUAAACAAUUCAUUUAACAAGAAAAAAGGAAAGAGAAAAGAUGAAUGCAAAAUUAAAUGAAUUUUUAGAAUAAGAUAAAAAUUAAGAAAAAAAUCUUCUUCUUAAAGCUAAAAGAAAUUUAAUAAGAGAAUUUAAGAAUGGUAAUAAGAAAUUUCAUUAAUUUGAACCUAAUUAAUUUAAUACAACAGAUCCUUUAAGUAAGGAUGUAAAGUUUUAUGCUUAUAUGUUCAUGAAACCUAAAAAUGAUGAUAAUUAAUAAAAAAAGGAUCAAAAAUAUAAAUUAUGUAAGACUGCUCGAAUUUAAAAAAAUAAUGAGAGACAUUAUUUAGCCAAUUUUAAUAAAAUAUAAUCUAAUUCAAGAGAAGAAAGUGUAGAGUAAGAUUCUUCUUUUAAUUCUAUGCUUGAAAUCAAUAUAGACAAUCUAUAUAAAAGAAGCAAUGACUUGUAAAAUAUGAUUCUGAAUACAAAAUCUGAAAAAUUUGUAAAAAGAAUUAGACAAUUUUAAAAAGUGCAAUCCUUAACCUCAUAAAUAAUUAAAGUGAAUGAAUAAAAGCUAUCUAAUACUAAAUUAUUAUGA